UCCUCAGGUCCCUCUGGCUACAAUCAUAGUUCCGAUUCCGAUAUCUUUCCAUUAGCGACCCAUUUCCGGGAACUUUUACGCCCGUCAUGGAGCAGUCAUCCACGACAUUACCCCACCAUCCCAAUGGCGGCGAGCAGCCACAGCAGCCUGAAGGAAGUGCGACUGCAGAGUCUGCGGCGCCGGCAGCACCAAGCAAAAGUGCAUUGAAGAAAGCUGCCAAAGAGAAGGCUAAAGCUGAGAAGGCCGCUCAACGCGCCGCCCAAGAGAAGGCUCAGGCCCAGGCAAGCCAUGCUGCUGACACUGCCAAGGACCUGUACGGCAAGAUGCCAGAAACCGACGAAUUUCCCCAGGUUACAAACUUCCCCCAAUUCGGCUCUGAAGACUUUUACGAGAAGGAAGUCACGGUGGUUGCAAGAGUUGACAAUGCGCGCGUUCAGAGUGCAAAGCUUGCAUUCUUGAUGCUGAGACAACAAGGCAAGAAAGUGCAGGCGGUUAUUUUCGCGAAGGAACCUAUUUCGAAACAGAUGGUUAAAUACACGGGCGGUCUGAAUGUCAAUUCAAUUGUGCAGGUUACCGGUAUUGUCAAGAAGCCAGAGAUCCCAGUGAACUCGGCGACAUACAGCAAUAUGGAAUUGCAUAUUACAAAGAUUUACAUGAUUGCGCAGGCUGCCCAGCAACUCCCUAUGCAAGUCAAAGACGCGGAAAGACCGCCGCCCGAGUCCAAUGAAGAAGGGCAGGUUGAUUCCGAAGGCACGCCGAUUGUGACUUUGAAGACUCGUCUUGAUAACCGGAUUUUGGAUCUCCAGACCGAAACCAGUCAGGCAAUUACCUGGAUUUCUAGUGGUGUUGCACAACUGUUCGCAGAGUUCAUGUUGAAGAGUGGUGCAAGGUGGAUUUUCACAUCAAAGCUUUCUGGUGCGGCUACUGAAGGUGGUGCCGAUGUUUUCGAAUUGGGUUAUUUCAAGAGAAAGGCGUACCUCUCCCAGAGUCCCCAACUAGGAAAACAAAUGUGUAUCGCCGGCGACAUGAUGAACGUGUUCGAGAUUGGCCCCGUGUUUAGAGCUGAAGAGAGCAACACUCAUCGCCAUUUGACUGAGUUCAUUGGUCUCGAUUUUGAACGAACAUUCCAUCGUCAUUAUCAUGAGGUUCUAUCAUUUGCGGAAGAACUUCUGGUGUUUAUUCUCUCGGAAUUGAAGACCCGCUAUAAGGAUCAAAUUGAGGUUAUUCAAAAAUCCUAUCCUAAAGCUGGAGACUUCCGCUUGCCCAAGGAUGGCAAAGCCCUUCGACUUAAAUAUAUGGACGGGAUUGCUCUGUUGAAAGAGGCAGGCGUCGAUGUGUCCGAACAGGAGAGAUUCGAAAACGAUCUUACCACAGCUAUGGAGAAGCAGCUUGGACGAAUCAUCCGUGAAAAGUAUGACACCGACUUCUACGUCCUCGACAAGUUCCCAAGCGCUGUGCGCCCAUUUUACACAAAGGCAUGCCCUGAAGAUCCCACUUUCUCUAACUCGUACGACUUCUUCAUGAGAGGCGAGGAAAUUAUGUCCGGCGCCCAGCGUAUCAACGUGGCCGAAGAACUUGAAGCUGCUAUGAUAGCUCGCGGUGUUGAUCCCAAGGCCGAGGGGUUCGAGGACUAUCUGGGUGCUUUCCGGCAGGGAUGUGCCCCCCAUGCUGGCGGAGGUCUUGGAUUGAACCGCAUUGUAAUGUUUUUCCUCGGGCUGCCUAACAUUCGGUUGGCAACAUUAUUCCCUCGUGAUCCUCAGAGACUGCGGCCGUAGAACGGAUAUUAUCACCUGUACUCCGUAAGUGCUUGGUUAAAGAGUGCUAUGUACUCCUUAGAUAGAAUCAAGA